AGCGUAACGCCGGGGCUGGGCAGAGCGGGCGCCCACCAGCUUGUGCCAGGAUGUCACACGUGGGGACACAGAGCAGUCCCCUCUGGGAGGAUGCGUCCCGGCAGGGUGGCACUGGGCUGCCCAUUGCUACCCGGGGGUGUCCGCAUGGGGCUGGACGUGGCGCACAGUGCGGCUGUGGGUCUUCACGUGGGGAGGCCGUGGGCUCAGCAGCUCCGCACAGGGAGGAGGGAUGGCGACGUCAGCAGUGGGGAGCGGGGAAGGUGUGAGUUGGCGGUGGGGAGGGCAGCACGGGGCUGCUGGCAUGUGGGGCGGGAGGCGGGGGGUGGUGACAGGAGGGGACAGGGCCGAGCUGGGGCUGGCAGUGGCCGCAGGGUCUGGCCAGGGCACAGUUUGGUGACCAGGGUGAAGAGCGUGGGAGCUGCGGUGGCCGAGCGCGGGGUGCUGUCCUGUGCUGGGCUGGUGGGGAGCUGCUGCCCAUGGACACAGCCUGCGCCAGAGUGGGGUACCGCUGCAGAGUGCGUAUUUAUUGAGCUUUGGGCUGCCCCUGCAGCAGUGCUGCCUGCUGGCACUGGGAGGUGGCGGUGGCUGCGCUGUGGGCAUACGUUGGCCACGGCACCUGUGCUGGCUGCGGUGCGGUCCGGCCAAGCAAUAAACCUAGCUGUGUGCAUGCUGCGCCUGCCUCGCCUCUCCUUUGGGCAGCAGCCAGGCACUGGGGCGAAGAGGAGCAGAUGUGGGGCAGACGCCACGCAGAGCUCAUGGAGCCAGGCCCAGCCCUGUCCCCCUGCUCAGGGGUGGAGGUCGGGGUGCUGCUCUGCCUGGCGAAGCAGAGGAUGCUGUGUGUCCCCUCCUGGCUGUGCCUGUGCUGCUGGGGGGAAUGGGAGGGACGUGGCGGGCUGGCACAGGUCCCUCCUGCGCAGCGUUCCUGUCAUGUGCUUUCGAACCCUCUGGUCUCAUUUCCAAAAAAGCAUUUCCUCCUUCUCUGGUCGCAUAUAA